CAGGACGGGCUUCUCCUCCCGCCGCCUGCGCUGAUCUGCCGCCGCGAGCAGUGGCGCUGUCGUCCUCCAACCUCACCGUGCAUCUGCAGGUGCUGAUCACUGUGCUAAAUGGAGCUCCCAGUUGCGGACCCUGGACCGGUAAGGGCUGAAGGUUUGCUUCUCCAGUGCAGCUAUUGUGAUUCAGAGGCAAUGCACAAACUUGCGCAGCUCCUGCUCCCUGGCCUGGCUGCAGUAUGUGUUGACAGCACCACAGGUGAUCUCUUCAAGAAGCCAUCUGUUGUCGCUGUUGACCUGAGGAAAGAGAUGGUUGACUAUUUUACACAGAGAAGUGAGACAUUCAUAUCCGAUUCGCUUAUCGAAUCAGAAGUGAAUCAGGAUCAAGAGAAUGAGAUGCCGGAGGAUCCAUUUGAGAUUAUAUCCAUUUUCAUGGAUGAUUUUAGUAGCACCAAGAGGAACAUUAUCGGCCAUGUCUCUUGGUGGCUGAUGAGUGACAGCCGUGACGAUAAGAUUGAUGACUUUGUCCAAGAAAUGGAGAUGACGCGUUUCUGGCCACUGGAAAGGAGAGAAGCCAUUGCUGAGGUCCUCCUCAAGAAUGUAGACCUGAAAACCAAGUACCACUGCCCUGAGAAAUAUGAAAAUGAAGAACAUCUCGCUGAUCAUAAGGCCCAAUGUAACUUCAGACCUAUUACCUGCCCCAAUGAGGGAUGCCGAGCAAAAGUUUCUGUUCGCUGCAUGCAAGACCAUGAUUCAGCUUGCCCAUUUAAGAUCAUUACAUGUGAGCAGAGCUGCGAGAAGCGUCUUAUGAGAUGUGAUAUGGAUAGGCACUGUGUGACUGUCUGCCCCAUGAGGCCCAUGAAGUGCCCUUUUGGUUGUGAUUCCUCCUUUCCUGAGUGCAAUCUUGAGCAACACUGUUCUGAGUUUCUUCAGUCACACCUCUUUAAGAUCCUCAAGGUUAUUCAUAAGAAAGGUUUUACAGAUGAUGGGCUCAAGGACCAUGCUCUACAGCUUGAAAAGUAUGACAAUGAUGGUAAGCUGGCAAAAUCUUGGGAUGUGAGAUCUCUUACCAAUGCUGUAAAGAAUCUUGAAGCCAAGAUGAAAGAUGAUGGUUCAAGUUAGAGUCGUGGCAUGUAUGUAGCAAAAUACUUUUUUUUUAGAAAAUACAAGCUCACCUGAAGGCGUCAAAAUUCAAAAUGCAAGAUGGAUAUUGCAUGGUUUAGUUUGAAGAGUUUUUUCCACUCAGUAAGUCAGUAUACAGAAAAAGGUACACAAUUAUGCAUGCUUUUUUUUUGUUACAACAAUAUUUUCCCCUUAUGAUUUUGCUCAGAAUGGGCUAGCUUUCUAUGAUGUAAAGUACCGUUAUUGUAUCCUUGCCUAAUUUGUCCAAGGAACUCAUUUUGGCAUAUAAAUUGAGAAUCAUCUAUAAAAAUUCUCUUUCUCGUAUCAGCUAA